AUGGAGAACAAAAGAGUAGUGAUGUUGGUUACAAUGAUGAUAGUGAUGGCAAUGGGCAACCUCGUGAUUCAGACAGAAGCUCAAGCUUCUCCUUCUCCAUUUGGAAAGUGUUAUCCAUGUUGUCUUGUGAAUUGUGUCAUUGAGAAAAAGUUGCCAACUGGUCUUACGUGUCCAUUCACUUGUCUAGUAACUUGUAUUGCUCCUCCAACUAUAACUCCUUCUCCAAUGAUGACUUUGGCAAACGAAAUCGACCACACUGAUUACUUCUGCAAACUUGGUUGUGCUACUCAGCAUUGUGCCUCUCUUUCUUCUAUCCAAAAUCCGAAUGCAGACAAAGUUGCCGACUGUGUGGAUUCAUGCUCGAACAAGUGUUCCAACAAAAACUAA